AUGUCUAAAUCUCCACUCGCUGUUUCCCCCUCGGCCCCACAUCUCCGUGACCGCCAACGGAAGAACCUGCCGGAUUAUGAUCCCGACUCCGACCUCAGCGAGUCCGAGGGCUUGGGAGGAAUUCGGUCUCGCUCUGAUUGUAACACUUGGGAAGAUGAUGAGGAAACUGCAGUCGAUGAUGACAGCUAUGUUCAACGUACCUUACGUAGAGAAAAGCCACUGCCUCCAAUCACCUGGCGGAACUUUUAUCGAGAGAUCAACUUGAUCUCUACACUUGCCUUGACCGUCGUCCCUCUCUUGGCCCUCUACGGAGCAUUAACUACACCUCUUUGUCGAUUGACCUUAGUGUGGUCUGUCGUCUAUUAUUAUUUCACCGGUCUCGGUAUCACAGCUGGUUACCAUCGUCUUUGGGCACAUCGCUCCUACAAUGCUUCCCCCUUCCUUCAAUACUUCCUCGCUCUGGGUGGCUCAGGUGCCGUAGAGGGUAGCAUUCGAUGGUGGGCUCGUGGUCAUCGAGCUCACCACCGAUAUACUGACACCGAUCUCGACCCCUACUCGGCUCACAAAGGACUCUUGUGGAGUCACGUUGGCUGGAUGAUCGUCAAGCCGCGUCGUAAGCCUGGCGUCGCCGAUGUGUCGGAUCUCUCCCGGAACCAAGUGGUCAGAUGGCAACAUCGUUGGUAUCUGCCCUUGAUCUUUGGUAUGGGGUUCCUCUUCCCCACUCUUGUUGCUGGUUUCGGAUGGGGUGAUUGGAGAGGCGGAUUCUUCUAUGCUGGCGCCGCUCGGUUGUUGUUCGUUCACCACUCAACUUUCUGUGUAAACUCUCUGGCUCACUGGCUCGGAGAGGCCCCCUUCGACGACAAGCACUCUCCCCGGGACCAUAUUAUUACUGCCUUCGUAACGAUCGGUGAAGGUUACCACAACUUCCAUCACGAGUUCCCUCAAGACUUUCGAAACGCGAUUCGUUGGUACCAAUAUGACCCAACCAAAUGGUUCAUUUCAAUCGCUGCAUUCCUCGGCCUUGCCACUGAGCUGAAGACGUUCCCAGACAAUGAAAUCCGGAAAGGCCAGUAUGGAAUGAAGCUGAAAGAAUUGCAGCAAGAUUUCCGAGACGUCAAGUGGCCCAGUUCUUCAAACGAUCUUCCGAUCCUCACCUGGGAGCAAUUCGUCGAUGAGGCUGACAAGAAGAACGGGCGUGAUCUAAUGGUUAUUGGUGGCUUUAUCCACGAUGUCUCCGAGUUCAUCGAUGAACAUCCAGGAGGGCGAGCACUCAUCAAAGCUCGAUUGGGUAAAGACGCUACCACGGCAUUCCAUGGUGGAGUUUAUGAACAUUCGAAUGCGGCGCACAACUUGUUAGCCAUGCUCAGAGUGGGUGUGAUUGAAGGUGGCUAUGAGGUCGAGCAUCUCAAGAAAAAAGUUGGGGUGUUUAGAAAGGAGCAACAGAUUCCUAUCUGUGGACCCAAGAGUUUAGAAACUAUCUCCACACCUGAUAGUCCAGUCCUAGACGUCAAGCCCAUCUACACUUGA